ACAGGGGUGGAAUAGAGAUGGAACCAUGGCUUGGGACAGCUGGGAUUCCCUGGAUUCAGGGAUGGGAUAGCCGGAAUGCCCCAGGGCAGACCCAGGGGACAUCACCAGGCUCAGGGACAGCCAUGACACGCUGGUGCAGAUGGCAGGGACAUACCUGUGCAAACUGUGCAGGGAUGUGUUGAGGCUUCAGGCCUCAUCAGUGGCACAGGAACAGCCUCACCACCUUGAGAAGGUUCUGCUGGCCUCAUCCUGUGGGACACAAGGCAGGAUGAGCAGGGUGGUUGACAGUUGGGUCCCUCCCAAACAGCUGCUCCACACCCGUAGAGCAGCCCCAGGAUGAGGAAUCUCCUUCUUGCUGUGCUCCUGGCUUGUGGGCUGCUCCCAGCUGGCACCAGCAUCCUGGAGCUGGAGCGGAUGAUCAGGUCGACCACAGGGAAGAGUGCCCUUCUCUCCUACAGCUGGUACGGGUGUUUCUGCGGCAUCGGGGGCAGAGGGACCCCCGUGGACCCCACCGACCGGUGCUGCCAAGCCCACGACUGCUGCUACAGGAGGGUGAGGGAGGGCAAGUGCAGCCCCUUGAUCACCCCGUACACCUUCGCCACUGAUGACGGACACAUCACCUGCAGUAACAAGCAGAGCUGGUGUGAGAGAGAGACUUGCCUGUGUGACAAGGCAGUGGCCUUGUGCUUUGCGAGCACUCUGCCUUCGUACAGUCAUUCCUACCGCUUCUACUUCAAGCUGAAAUGCCAAGGAGACAAGCUCCAGUGCUGAGGAAGGGGAAUCUGCACACAGAGCUCCAGAUUUUGUCGGUUUUCCCCCACUGCUGUGGCAAGAAAAGCCUGGGGUGGGGGCUGAGCAGAAGCAGAGCCCAUGAGGCUCCCUGUGAGGUGCUCAGGGUGAGGAAGGGCACACGUCAUGAAUGGAGACCCCCCUGUUCUCAGAAAGACCCACCAACGUCCUCUUUUUUGUCCCUUCCUCCUCCCUUGAUUUCACUUCCCAGCAAAGAUAAUAAAGACCUACAAUAAAAGGAAU